GGGGGAUUUGCCCCGCCGUAGGUCACUGGAAAGCAGCUUGUGUCAUAGACGUCCACAAAAAUGCCUUAUUUUAUAAGACUCAUUUUGUUCUUGCUUUGCCUGAUGGUUCUCGUGGAGAGCAGAAAGUCCAAGAGGAAGAGAUGGCCAGGGCAGCUGGAAGUACCCAAGUCAAGUCACCUGUAUAAGAAGAACCUUGAUGUGACCAAAAUCCGAAAGGGAAAGCCUCAGCUGCUCCUGAGGGUAGAUGACCAUGACUUCACCAUGAGGCCUGCCUUUGGAGGCCCUGCCAUCCCAGUGGGUGUGGACGUGCAGGUGGAGAGCCUGGACAGCAUCUCGGAGGUGGACAUGGACUUCACCAUGACCCUGUACCUGAGGCACUACUGGAAGGACGAGAGGCUGGCCUUCCCCAGCACCAGCAACAAGAGCAUGACCUUCGACGGUAGGCUGGUGAAGAAGAUCUGGGUCCCUGAUGUCUUCUUUGUUCACUCCAAAAGGUCAUUCACGCACGACACCACCACUGACAACAUCAUGCUGAGAGUGUUCCCAGAUGGCCAUGUGCUGUACAGCAUGAGGAUCACGGUCACUGCCAUGUGCAACAUGGACUUCAGCCACUUUCCCUUGGACUCCCAGACCUGUUCUCUGGAGUUGGAAAGCUAUGCAUAUACAGAUGAAGACCUGAUGCUGUACUGGAAGAAUGGGGACGAGUCCCUGAAAACAGAUGAGAAGAUCUCCUUGUCUCAGUUUCUGAUUCAGAAAUUUCACACGACUUCUAGACUGGCCUUCUACAGCAGCACUGGCUGGUACAACCGUCUGUACAUCAACUUCACGCUGCGGCGACACAUCUUCUUCUUCUUGCUCCAGACCUACUUCCCGGCCACCCUGAUGGUCAUGCUGUCCUGGGUGUCCUUCUGGAUUGACUGCAGAGCUGUGCCCGCCAGAGUUUCACUGGGGAUCAUGACUGUGCUGACCAUGUCGACCAUCAUCACCGGCGUGAACGCCUCCAUGCCCCGUGUCUCCUACAUCAAGGCCGUGGACAUCUACCUCUGGGUCAGCUUCGUGUUCGUGUUCCUCUCAGUGCUGGAGUACGCGGCUGUCAACUACCUGACCACAGUGCAGGAGUGGAAGGAACGGAAGCUGCGUGAGAAGUUCCCGUGCGUGUGCGGUGUGCUUCACUCCAGAACCAUGAUGCUGGACGGGAGCUACAGUGAGUCUGAGGCCAACAGCCUGGCUGGGUACCCUAGAAGACAUAUUCUAACAGAAGAAGAAAGGCAGGACAGGAUAGUGGUCCACCUGGCCCUGAGCAAUGAGUCCAGCUCCUCCAGGAAGAAGGGGCUUCUGAAGGGCCAGAUGGGUCUUCGCAUCUUCCAGAACACCCAUGCCAUCGACAAAUACUCCAGGUUGAUAUUCCCUGCCUCCUACAUAUUUUUCAACUUAAUUUAUUGGUCAGUGUUUUCCUAGGUGCUACCAGGCUGUGCCUAGGAAAGGGCAUAGGAACCUGCCAGGCUGGGCAGUUGUGGACAGGUGCGCCUGUGGCCACACCCCUCUCA